GACAACUGCCAGUUUACGACAGCUGUCAUCGCUAUACGGUAAUGUAAAGUGUUGCAGAAGAAGUAAACAUGUGGAGAGUUCAGUAGCCAAACAAAACACCCACCUGAUGGAGAACUACAGUAAGGCUCGGACGGUGGAGCAGCCGUCCGUCUGUCCGUUCCCCGGCCUCCCCCCCGACACGCCGGAGGUCCGCGUCAAAGACGGCAGCAAGAUCCGCAACCUGCUGCGUUACGCCCAGAGCCGCAUGGAGGCUAAACCCCGAGCGGCCGAGGACGAGGGACGACCCACAGCUGGGGACGGGGGCGUGGCCGCGGAGGGACAACAGGAAGCGACGGGCCGACCGCUCUGCAAACACAUCAUCUUCACGGCCACCGGCAAGGGCGUUUCGAAAGCCGUCACGUGCGCCGAGAUCAUGAAGCGGCGCCUGAAGACGCUCCACCAGCUCACCAGGCUGCUGUUCAGCAGCGUGGAGGAGGUGUGGGAGCCGCUGGAGCCCGCUGCCGGCCUUGACAGCCUGACGGUCAGCAGGAACGUUCCCGCCAUCUGGAUCCUCCUCUCCAGAGAGCCGUUGGACCGCAGCCAGCCUGGGUACCAGGCCCCGGGCCGCUACGACGCCCUGUGGCCUCAGUCUGCUCACAGGGAGGAGGGGGGGCUGCUCACCGGACAGAAAGCAGGACACAAGAGGAAGAAGGGAGGAGGGGGGGAAGGCAGAGGGAGGGGACCCGGGCGGCAGACGGGACGCUCCUAGAGAGCACGCUAAAGGACAGCUUGACAGACAGAAGGUCACGGCGCUGGGAGGGAACAGGAAGUGGACUCGUUCACCUUCAUCCAUGUUUUGCUUGAGUUUCUUCCGUGAAUUUGAGAGAAGCAGAACUUCACUCAACAUUUGUUUUUAUUGUGAAGUGUGUUUUAUAUUCCAGCAGGCUGCGUGUUUCCCUCACGAGGCGGGGAGCUACCUGUGAAGUAGCGAGGUGCGGCCGGAGCUCACGGUCCAGUCUUUGUAUUGAGUAAAUGAAAACAUUGUGAUUUUGGUUCAGCCAGAAAAAUGAGUUUGUUUAUGUUGAUGGAAGAAACCCACGUGGGUCAUGAAUCUGAAGAGGGUGAGGGUGUCCGCUCGAUGUCUGCAGGACUGGUGAUUCAUUAUCACAACUGAUGAUUUGGAAAAUUCUCAACAAAUAAGAAAAGUUUGAUUUGUAGGUAAUUCGCUGGAUCAACAGGAUCACAACUCGGAAAAUAAUAAAAAAUAAUAUGUUAAUUAUUAUGUAA